ACAUUCCCUGCUCUUUAAAAUGACUAAAACUAUGCAUUCUUGCAGUCUAGCCUAAUGAUUUGCAACAAGUAAAUCUCCAUCGAGCGUUCAACACUUUUUUGUUAGCCACUGAGAAAUUCAACCUUCAUAAAAUUUGAAAUUUCCGGGCGCGCGUUGAGCGCGUGAUUGGCCAGCCCCAGUCUUACCUACAUGCAAAUGAGGGCACGUUUCACCCGCCUUGAGACCAGAGCGCGUGGAAGUGGAGAGGAAUGCAUUCGAACACAUUUGAGCCCACGAAAAACAAGUUUUUUUAUCGUCCCAACAGCUAUAAAGAAGCAGUUUAAAAUUUGAAGGAAAGCACUCUCUAUGUGUAGCGGGACUUAUUGCUGAUCAUUUUUAGAACAUUUUUGAACUGUUAUGAGACGAGAAUGAAUAAUUCGGAGGACAGCGGAAGCAAGUGCUCGCCUGCCCCCAUUUCAAGUUUCACGAUCCAGUCUAUUCUGGGCACCUCAAACGACGGAGUCCGGUCGGCUGGAAAGGACAGUCCCAAAUCCCAGCCAAGGAAGCGGACGUUGUCCGUGUCGUCGGAGGAUGACUGCAGCGCAGGAGAGGACUCGGGUGACUGCUACUGCUCUGAGCCUGGUGUACCAGAGUCCUGCAACCCGCACCAGCCUCUGAACUUCUGUCUCGGUGCCACAAAGGGACUUCUACCUGUGCAAGAUGGGAUCGACCGCCGGCCGCAUUUGACACCAUCCAUACUACCGGAUUACAAAGAGGAGCAGGGGCGAGCGUGUAGCCAAAUGUCUCCCGUUUCUGAAGACAGACAACGCGACGGGCCGGACAAACAGAACAACUCCGCGAAGAAGAAAACGCGCACCGUUUUCUCUCGGAGUCAGGUUUAUCAACUCGAGUCCACAUUCGAUAUGAAACGCUAUUUGAGCAGCUCCGAGAGAGCCUGUCUCGCCUCCAGCCUGCAGUUAACGGAGACACAAGUGAAAACGUGGUUUCAGAACCGGCGAAACAAAUGGAAGCGGCAGCUCUCUGCAGAACUUGAAGCUGCGAACAUGGCGCACGCAUCGGCGCAGACUUUGGUUGGGAUGCCCCUCGUUUUCAGAGAAAAUUCGUUGCUCCGGGUGCCGGUUCCGAGGUCCAUCGCUUUUCCUACCCCACUGUAUUAUCCUGGAAGUAAUUUACCAGCUUUACCACUAUACAAUCUUUACAACAAGAUUGAAUAUUAACUUUUGCGCACAAUGAAAAAUCCUUGCUAAAGGAUGACACAUUAUUACACACACUAAGACGUACAAAAUACACAUUUAAACUAUGUUUGACGAUAUUCAUGUCUAUUUAUACCUCUUUAUUUGAUGAAAAAAAUAUAUUUCUUAUUAUGCAGCAAUUAAACGAGUCUACGUGUAAAACACAAAAGCAACACGGUUCUGUAUAUGUCCUAUAAAAUACACCAUGUGUAUAAUGAUUAUUUUGUACUUUUAUUUAGAUUUAUGUCCCCCGAUUAACCAGUUUUACACAUUAUGAGGAUUGAAGCAUUGAAAUAAAAGUGUAAUCAUUC